AUGCCUGCCACUUCAAACCGAGCAAAGUCGAAGAAAUGUCAAAAAGCUUGCAUACGAUGCCGGGGGAUGAAAGUCAAGUGUUCGGGAUCUGAUCCUUGUACUAGAUGUGCUCGCAAGAAACAACCUUGUCGUUUCCCAGCGGAGGAUAAUCGUGUCUCGGUUUCGGAGCGAUACUUGCGACAAUUGGAGGCGCAAUUGAUGACGAGUAGCAGAACAUCUCGCCAUUCUAAUGCCCUGGAUACUCACAAUCUUGCUACGUCGCCCUUUGCUGCUGGUGAUGAUGAUGCUAUUUUAUCACCCUCUCAAGGGCCGUCGUUUCUCUUGGACGAUCGUACGGCAGACCAGUGGGGAGAACUGUCUGAUGGGCUUGAAUCGACGUUCGUUGCCAAUCAAACUAGACAGAUCGAAAAUGGACAGCCAAGGGAGGACGUCUAUGUAGAGCAUGAUGGGCAAAGGUCACGGUUUUCACGGAAUCCCUUGGUAGAUAGGGAUCCUUCUUUUGCAAUGACGCCCGAUGGUCGAUUUUGGUAUAUGGGACCGACUUCCUCAUGGUCAUUUUGUCGGCGUGUCUUGGCGCUUAUAGGAAGACGUGUGCCGGAAGCCAAUUGUCCUCCUGAUCCUUGGCAUCUAGAUGGAAUGGCAUUCAAACUGCACUGGAGACCAGUGCCUUCGGAUGAAGUGCCCGAUGUCACGAAUCUACCACCCUUGGAUUAUGCACUAUUUUUAUUCAACACAGUCAAGUUCUACUUUGGCUUUUUAUCUUUCAUGAUCGACGAAGAAUCAUAUCUACGAAAUCUGUACGAGUUUUACGAAAAUCCAUCGAGCAAAGCCGCUUCUUCGAGGUAUUGGUAUGCGCAAUAUCUUCUUGUUCUUGCAUUUGGGAAGGCAUUCCUAACUGCUAGAAAUCCAUCUGGUACACCGCCUGGACAUCAAUAUGCAUCAAGAGCAAUGUCCCUUCUCCCAGAUCUCUCUGGAAUGCAUGAAGAUCCUCUCACAUGCAUUCAGGCAUUGAGCUUGGGUGCAGUCUAUCUGCAAUCCAUUGAUAUGAGACGUGCAGCAUUCCAACAUAUCGGCCAAGCAUUGCGUGGUUGUAUAAUCGAGGGAAUUCACCGCCACGUGCCAGAGGAAUUGUGUGGGCCCGAAUUAUCUAGCCGGUCCAGAACGAUAUUCUGGGUAGUUUAUAUGCUUGAUCGCGAAUUUUCAGCUCUAAUAGGGGCCCCUAGCUCUAUCAGAGAUGAAGACAUCUCUGUGAGGCUACCUGCAGAAAUGGAAAGUUCUGUGGAGCACAGUAAUUUGACGCUGCACGUGCGACUUUCUCGAUUGAUGGCUCAGACUUUGACUACUGUUUAUGGAGUGGGUGAUGAGUUCAAUGGAACUCUAAUAAGAAACACUCAAUCUAUUCUCCACAGUAUGGCUGAGCUUUCGCACGACUUGACUGCUUUCUUGAAUGAGAAUUUCCACGGAUUAAUCAGCAGAGCUUCGAAAAUGGCAAUUCGUCUGAUGCUCGCACACCACCAUUGUGUUGUACUUACAACAAGACCACUGGUCAUGUGUGCUCUUCAUAUGCACAUUGAAAAGACGGAGAGAAAGACCUCACAAACACUUUCGCUGUCCCCUCCCGUUGCGUCCCUUUUACAGUGCUGUGCCGAUUCUGCCCAGACGAUUCUACAAACCCUUCAGACCUUGGCAGACGAUGACUUAAUGGGCAAUGCAGAUGCAUUUUUACCAUUCCAAAUCGAGGACGCGUCUUCAUCUGCUUUUGUUUUAUACUUGAUUCGCGCGAUUGCACCAACCCUCAUUCAUAGCAGCACCUGGUGUGACCAUCUAGAAUGUGUUUUGGAUAAACUUAUUUCAAAGGGGAACCCGGCUGCCCCACUCCGAAGAAAGGAGCUCCGACAACUUGAACAAAUAUUGGCACCACUAACACCCAAAUCUAAUCCACUCCCUUUGCCAUCAGUCAAUGUCAACUCGGACACACAAAAUGAUAACGAAUUUCAUGGAUUGGAUCAUGUUGAUGUGGAAGAGGCAUUUGAAUGGGACCUUCUGGGGCUAAAUUCCUCGGUCAGUCUUCCACCACGGGAGCUAUUGGAUCUCGCCGAUCAAUUGGAUGUCGAAAGUAUAAUGCAGUCUGUCGGUGGAGCUGUUGGAUAG